AUGAAGGCUUCUUUCGUCACCCUCGCUGUUGCCGGCUUUGCCGCUGCUCAGAACAUGGACGGCCUCCCUCCCUGCAUCUCACCCUGCAUCCAGCAGUCCCUUCGCCAUAUUGGGUGCACCGGUUCGCCCGCCGAGAUUGCCGUUUGCGCCUGCAAGCCCGAAACCCAGAGCAUGCUGGUCUCUCCCGUCACCCAGUGCGCCGUGAGCAGCAAGUGUGAAGCCAGCGACCUUCUCAAGGCCCAGAGCGUUGCUGCUGCUCAGUGCAAGGCUCUCGCCGCCAGCUCUGGCACUGCUGCACCAACCAGCUCCACGUCUGGCUCCCCGUCAUCUGGCUCUCAGGCCGCCAGCUCCUCCGCCGCCCCGACUGCCAUCAUCAGCUCCAGCUCCGUCCCUUACGGCAAGAACGGCACCACUGCUGCCGCACCCACCAGCAGCACCGACGGCGCCGGCGCCAGCGCCACGGACGCUACUCCCACCACGACCAGCAACGGCACCAAGGCCACCUCGUCGGGCUCUGCCACCACGAGCGGUCGUGCCUCCUCACCUACCAACGCUGCUGCUGUUGUCGGCCCUGCCACUGGCGCCCUCGUCGCUCUUGUCGCCGCUGCGCUUGCUCUGUAA